AUCCUCACAGGCAUGGCUCCUCUGGAUGGAAAAAACACAGCAAGAUGGAAGGAUGGGAUUGUAAACGACCGGCUCCGUUAGGGUCUUCCUCUCUGCCAUCUGUGCGUGUGUGUCUGUGUGUGUCUGUGUGCUUGUGUGUGUGAGAGUGUCAGGGAGGAGGGGACGUUAUCCACACAGCCUCCAGCAGCUCUUUUGCUUCCACCGGGGAAACCGGGCAGCCAGAUCCGUUGUGCUUCCUGCUUGAAAGGGAAAGGAAAAAGAACAGCUGUGCAUUUUUUUGUAUCAGUUUUCCAACGCAGAUUUUGUUUCCACAUGUACAUAUAUGUACCCUGGAACUGAUGAAAGGCAAAAGGAGAGAGCCGGAGAGUGGGGUGUAGAAUGGCUCACUACAAGGAGGUAUCUGUCAGAAAGACUUCUUUAAAUCUGGUGACUGGAUUUUUUCAGUAUCUACGUGAUGAGCAGGAGGCAGUGCAGAAGAGAACCUUCACAAAGUGGAUCAACUCUCAUUUAGCGAAGUACAAACCACCACUGGAGGUUAACGACCUUUUCGAGGACAUCAAAGAUGGGGUCAAACUUUUGGCUCUCUUGGAAGUUCUGUCUGGUCAAAGACUACCCCGGGAGCAAGGCCGCCAGCUGAAAAGGAUCCACUGGGUCUCCAACAUCGGCACAGCGCUCAAAUUCCUGGAAGGCAGGAAGUCUGUGUAUCGAGGAUCCCCGAUCAAACUUGUUAACAUUCAUGCCACUGACAUCGCCGAUGGACGACCAUCAAUUGUCCUUGGCUUGAUAUGGACCGUCAUCCUCUACUUCCAGAUUGAGGAGUUAACCAGCAACCUUCAGGCCUUGUCCAACAGCAACUCUUCUUUGGAGAGUUUAGCCAGCUCUGAAGCAGGAAGCCCUCCCAUGAAGCGGAAGGGGGUGACAAAGUUUCAGGGCAAUGCCAAGAAGGCCCUGCUCAAAUGGGUGCAGUGCACAGCAGCCAAGUAUCACGGAAUUGAGGUUAAGGAUUUCGGUCCGAGCUGGCGCAACGGUGUUGCGUUCCAGUCGGUGGUGCACGCCAUCAGGCCAGACCUGGUGGACAUGGAGGUGGUGCGGAGGAGGAGCAACAGGGAGAAUUUGGAGGAAGCCUUUGCACUUGCAGAGAAUGAGCUGGGUAUUCCCCGCCUGCUGGAUGCAGAAGAUGUGGAUGUAGACAAGCCAGAUGAGAAAUCCAUCAUGACAUAUGUGGCUCAGUUUCUCAAGCACUACCCAAACCCACACCACUCUGAGACUGAUGGACAGCAGGAUGAGUUUGGCCCCCAAGAUAUAGAACAAAUGCUGGAGAGAGAGGAGCGGAAGAUGCUGAGAGAGCUGAAGGUAUUUCUAGAUCAGCUGGAGAGAGAUGUGCUGCAGGCACAAGGAGCAGAGGGAAACCUCACUGACAAAUAUCAGGCAUUCAAGAGCUUCCGUGUACAGUAUGAAAUGAAGAAAAAGCAGACGGAUCCGCUGCUGCAGCCAGUCCACAGAGACGGGAAGCUGUCCGUGGACCAAGCUCUGGUCAAGCAGGCGUGGGACCGCGUGUCUGCCAGGCUGCUGGACUGGCACAUCCAUCUGGACAAAUCCCUGCCUGGUCCUCUGGGAGUGAUUGGAGCCUGGCUGCACAGGGCAGAGAUGGCUCUGAGAGAGGACAUUCCCAUCCAACAUGCUCAUGAGGAAACAGCCAAUGUUCUGCACAGAAAACUAGAGCAGCAUAAGGAGGUUUUAAAGAACUUGGAGUCGCACAAACAAACCUUCCAGCAGAUCCACAGGGACAGAUCAGUGAAUGGGGUUCCCGUCCCUCCUGAGCAGCUGCAAGAUAUGGCUGAAAGGUUCAAUUUUGUGUCCACGUCAUCCCAUGCCCACUUGAUUAAACUAGAAUUCUGGGAAAUGAAGUAUCGACUGAUGGCAUUUCUUAUGUUGGCUGAGUCAAAGCUCAAGUCCUGGAUAAUUAAAUAUGGAAGGCGGGACUCUGUGGAACUCCUGCUGCAAACCUACCUUACUUUUGUUGAAGGCCACCAGUUCUUUGAGCAGUAUGAGGUCAUCUUCACAGGCCUCAAGCAAGCUGCGGAGGUUUAUGUAAAGUCAGACAGUUCAAGGUCUAAGACCUGUAACAAAGUUGAUGAAGCAGAAGGGGUAAGUAAAUUCCUCGGUGAGGCCACUUGUCAGUGGAGGAACCUGGCUUUGGAGGUGCGCAGUGUUCGCAGCAUGCUGGAGGAGGUGAUCACUAACUGGGAGAAGUACAGCAGCACAGUGGCAUCUUUGCAGGCCUGGCUGGAGGACGGGGAGCAGAUGCUCAAUCAGUCAGAAAAUUCCAAACGCGAUUUCUUCAGAAAUCUCUCUCACUGGAUGCAGCAGCACAUGGACAUGAACGAUGCUGGGAACUUUCUCAUCGAGACAUGCGAUGACACAGUCUCACGAGAUCUGAAGCAGCAGCUUCUUCUGCUUAACGGGAGGUGGAGGGAGCUGUUUGUCAAAGUCAAACAUUAUGCAAGAGCAGACGAAGUAGAUAAAUUGAGACAAGACUACCAAGAUGGGAUUAACACUUUGAAAAUGUUCAUGGAUGCAACCGAUGAGAAGAUGAAUGCUCCUGUCCAAGUAUCGUUCCUGAACGUCAGGGCCUUUGUUCAGGAUGUUGAGGAGGUCAAGCACAAAGUUCCAGCAAUGGAAGCCGCCUGUAAGGCAGCGAGCCGCACUGCUCAGCUGUUGGCCAAAGACACUCCACAAGAGGAAGUUUCACAGAUGAUGGCUGUGAUGGCCUCAAUCAAAGAGCAGCUGAGCAAGGUAAGGGAGAGGUGUUUGCCUCUGCUGAGGGACUCCCAGUCUCUAUUACCUCCACUGGAAGAAAUGGAGAAGAACAUCACAGGCUUCUACCAGGCUCUGGAGAAGGCCAGUCAUAUCACCAGCACCGGCGACCCUGAGGGACCAGUAGACUUCAAACAAAACUGCCAGGAGCUGGUGACCUUCACACAUAGCUGUAAGAAGUGUUUAACAGCCAUUGAGAGAAAUCACCAGACCAUCCAGAAAAUAAUGAACAGCAGUAACACCCUCCAGUACAUGGACAUGAGUCUUCUGCAGAAAAGAGUAGCAGACCUGCAGUCCUCCUCACAGGGCAUGAUUAAGGAAUCUUCAGAGUGGAGGAAGCAUGUAGAGGCCAACAGCUGCCUCAUGAAGAGGUUUGAUGAGUCACGGAUAGAGCUGGAGAAGGUGCUUAAAAUGGCACAAAACUGCCUGACAGAAAGAGGCAACCCAGAGGAGCUGCUCAAGAAACACACAGAGUUCUUUGAUCAACUGGAUCAGCGGGUCCUGAAUACUUUCCUCAAGGCCUGUGAUGAGCUGACUGAUAUUUUGCCAGAGCAGGAGCAGCAGUCGCUACAGGAAACCGUCAGGAAGCUGCACAAACACUGGAAGGAUAUUCAGUCGGACGCCCCCUUUCACCUCCUCCAUCUUAAAGUGGAGGUAGAGAGGAGCAAGAUGAUGGUGCUGUUGCAGGAGUGCCAGGCGGAGGUGACCAGGGAAAACCGCCACCUGGCCAGCAUGGGGAGCGAGAGACUCGUCAAGGAGCACAGGGCCUUUUUUAGGGAAAAGGGCCCCUUGUCCAUCUGUGAGAAAAGGCUGCAGCUGAUGGAGGAACUUUGUCAAAAGCUCCCUGAGGCAGACCCCGUCCACCAGACGAUGCAAACAUCAAGAAAGGACUUCUCCGAGGUCCGGGAGGAAAUCGAAAACACCCACCAGAAGUUAAUGCAGCACCCAGAUAAAUGGAAUGAGUACAACUCAAGGUACGCUGAGCUUUCCUGCUGGCUUAUAUCUAAGGAAAGUCAACUGAGGCUGCUGAGAACCCGAGCCAACGACCCCAGAAAAUAUGGCCAGGUGAAGGCUACCAUCACGGAGCUGAGAAACGAUGCAGAGCUACAGGAGGGGAAUCUGGGCUGGUUGAAGGCUCGCAUAGCCGUACUUGUUGAGAUCUGUGCUGACAGCGAUGCCCAGAUGCAAGGAAGUACCCUGAGCAAGCUCUCCACUGAUUUUAAGGGGCUUCUUGCUUCUCUCGUCGAGGCUGAGAAGAUGGUGCUGGCUGUGGGCGACUGUGUGCAGUUCAGGGAGGAGGUACAAACUAUAUUGGAUGACCUCCUUCAGGGGCAGAAAGAGGCUCAGGCCGAGGUCACCAAAAUACUAGACUGUGCAACUGUAAGAGAAGCCCAGCAACUACUUCUUGUUCACCAGCAACUGUUAAAACGUUUGAAGAUGAAGAGAAAGGAUGUCCAGCAGCUCAUCACCAGAGGCCAGCAGCUCCAGGCUGAGGAGGGAUUGGGAGAGACUUUGCAGUCGGACCUGCAGACUUUAGAGAACACGCUCGGCAAAAUGGAGCAGACCAUGGAUUCACAGGAGCAAAGCCUCGAGGUCACACUAGCAGCGUGGCAGGAGUUUGACAGCCAGCAGGCGGCAGUUCACGAGUUUGUAAAUAAGGCGCGAUCAACAAUGGACAGAGACCUGAACUUCAGCAGUCCAGAGAGCCUGGCUGUUGAACUCGACCAGGCCGGGGUGUUGUUGAAGCAGUGUGAAGCCGAGGCCUCACAUAUGAACACUUUGCUGAAGAGAGCAAAAGAAAUCCAGCUUGGUCCAAAAAACAAGACUCUGCUUUUACAACAAGCUUCUUCCCUCAGUGGCCAAGUGGACAAAGUAGAGGCUAGUCUCAAAAAAGAUGUCGAGACUCUGGAAGAAAUGAAAGCUCAAUGGGAUCAAUUUGGAACUGGGUUGGAAAACCUUUCUUUGUGGAUAUCUGACAAGGAAAAGCAGCUGGAUGUACUGAAAUCUUCUCCUUUGCCUCUUGAGCAUCAGAUCAACACCGUAAAGGCUGUUGGUGCAGAGCUUCAGGAGCGAGCUUCGGUUCCUUGUCAGCUUGAGGCAGAUUCCCAGGCACUAGCCCAGUUUGUAUCUUCAGGGGAGGCAGCUCGCAUCAAGGCCCGUCUGACCCAAAUCGGCAGGUACUGGGAAGAGCUGAAGGAGAGCAUACAACAGCUAGAUGGACAGCUGGAGGAAAGCUCCUCUCACCAACAGAAGUUCCAAAUUAGCCACGAGGAAGUUCAAGCGUCUCUCACUGAGCUACACGCAAAACUGGAGCAUCCCAUCAAAUCAUGCACCUCCUCAUCAGAGACCUACAAAGCUCUUCAAGACCACAUGGAUGUCUGUCAGAAUCAGGAAAAGCUGAAGGGAGCCUUGCUGACCUUGUCAGCUGGUGCCAGGAGACUUAGUGACAAAGAGCAAGCGGAGAGGAUUAUGACAGCGCUGAACCACACCUAUGACCAAAGUGUCCAGGAAGCAAAAGACAAACAGAGCACUCUGGAAAACUUGCUUUCUCUUUGGCAAAAGUAUGAGAAACAGCGAUCUAACUUUGUUUCCUGCUUGGGGAAAAGUGAAUCCGCAAGCAAACCAGAGAGUCCGUAUCUUUCAGCUGAUAAAGCAAAGCUCCGCACAGAGCUACAAGAUUUGCAGGCCUUCCACUCUGAGGUUCAGGUCCUUGAGCCUGCUCAUGCUGAAUUGUUCUCUUUGGGGACUUCUUUGUGUCCGACUGCACCAGAAGAGAGAGUGAAGCAGCUGAAAGACGAGCUGGAGACCCUUCAGAAGAGACUUCAUGUUCAAAAUGAAGUCCUCCCCCAAAGAAUCAAAGAGGUUCAGAGCCACCUCUCGCUGUUGGAGGAGUUUGACCAGGCCCUGCUCAAAUUCUCCCAAUGGGGUGAAGCCAUGCUGUCAAAUCUGCACUCAACUUCUCAAAUCAACAUCGCCCACCUGCAGUCCGCCACCAAACAAGUAAAGGAAACCCAGGUGUCCUUACAAAAGCAGUCCAGUGUGAGACAGAGCUUGGAGCAGCAGACCGAGAAGCUCUGUCAGUUCUGUGAGCCUAGUGAUGCACAGCUCCUCCGCAGCAGAGCAGACAGCUGUCUGCAGCCCUACCUGGAGGCACAGCACAUAGCUGAGCUCCAGUUAGAGUGCCUUGAAAGGCUCGAGGCGUUUCUGCAGACUCACGGUGUGGCUGCGGGGGUUUUGCAAGGUCUGAAGCAGACUGUGGAGGGUGCUGGGAGCUGGGACCGUGGAAAAGUAGAGGAGCUGCAGCAGGAGCUCUCCACUAUUGUCCCAGACAUUAGCCGGCUGGAGACUCUAGCUGUCAAUCUGGACAGCAGCCUCUGCAAAAGCCAUCUCAACAUUGUUGCUGAGGAGGGUUCUCGUAAGUCGUGCCGCAUGCUGGCUGAUUCACUCAGCGCCGAGCUGGAUGCGGUAAGGAACCUGCUGGGUACUAAGCAGAGUGAGGCAGAGGCCCUGGGGUCUCUAUGGACCUCAUUUAGACAGCGGAAGGAACAGCUUCUCAAAGCUGUGGAGGACAUUGAAGAAAAAGCCGACCACCAGAGCUUCAAAGAGCCCAGUCUGCAUACACUACAGCAGAGGCUGCGGUUCUUUAAUCAGCUGGAGGAUGAGCUACAGUCACACCAGCAUGAGGAGCAGUGGCUGAGGGACAAGGGCAACCAGCUGGCCCAGAGAGAUGCAGAGUUGGCUGGGGAGGUGCUGAGGGAAAUCAGUCUGCUAGAGACCACAUGGGACGACACCAAGAAGCUCAUCACGGAGAGACAGGAGCAGUGUAAUGUCCUAGUUGGCCUUAUGAAAGAAUACCAAACACUGAAAUCCUCCAUCGGCAGUGUUAUUGAGAGCACGGAACCUUUGGUUGAGAUAAGCUCUGUUUUGAAGGACCACGAGGAAACCAGGAGGUCACUAACCAAGCACGAGGCAGUAAAGGUGGAGAUGGCUAGCAAGCAACAUGAACUGGACCAGUUUUCCAGUAAAGGAAAACAACUGGUGAUUGAACUGAAGAAAGUUCCUGAGUGCCACGCUGAGAUGAUGAAAAAGGACAUGGAGACCCUUGUUGACCAGUGGCUGGAUGUGUCUGAGAAGAUAGAUGAUAACAUUGAUCACCUGAACCAGAGUCUGACACUGUGGGAGGAUGUACGUAAAAUCAGCGAGGACACUGAGAUCUGGGCAAGCAGCUGUGUGAUUGAACUAAACGAGAGCCUGAACAACCUCAAUGACAGUCAGAAGGUGUCGGCCAGGCUCUCCAUUUUACAGGCGGAAAUGCUCGAGAAGGAGAAGAGACUUGAAACCUUGCAGAGCAAAGUAUCAGAGCUAAAGAAGUUCAAUCAAAGUCAAGAGACACCCGCUAAAUUACAGGUGUUGGAGAAUGACCUUCGUAAAAAGAUUAGCACUGUUCAGAAGCUGCACGAGCAGGCCGGGGGAAACCUCAUGGACUUCACUUCUCAGAAGACACAGCUGGAGGAUUACAUCUCCCAGAUGUCUGCAUGGCUCAAAAGUAUGGAGGAUUCUCUUGUUUCUUCACCAACUGGAUCAGAUCCUGAGGACAUCUGCAGAGUGAAGGACCUUCAGAAAGAGCUGCAAAAUCAGCAGGGGAGCAUUGACUCCACGAGGGAGAGCCUCAACACACUCUGUCGAAAAUAUCCCUCUGAGGAGCUGGCUGGUCUGGGUUCAGCUCUCACUGACCUCAUCAAGACUUAUGAGUCUGUGAACCAGCUUUCUGCCAGGACGCUGGCAUCUCUGCAGAACUGCCUUCAGCAGCAAUUCAAUGAUCUAGUUCAGGAGUUCCAUCGCUGGCUUUCAGAACAGAGGGAGAUUGUAAAAGAGUGCUCUGACAGGUCUGGAGACACUCAAAUUGUCGAACGUAAACUACAGAAACUGAAGGGCGCCAUGGACCGUGUGGAGGAGGGUGAGGUACGACUCACUCAGGUCUGUGAGGAAGGAGAGAAACUCCUACUCCAUCUUCCCAAAGCCAGCGCUGGGCAAGUCCAGCAGCACCUCUCCUCCAUUCAGCAGGACUGGGACAGCUUUGUGGAGCAGUGCAGACAAAACCAACAGAUUUUGGAAGACAGUGCAUCGCUCAUGAAGGGGUUUGAAGGUCGCCUUAAGAAGCUCCGAUGGUGGUUGGAGCACAUGGAAAAGAGGAUGUCCACAGACAUGCCCGAAGCCAAGCAAUGUGGUCCUGAAAAAGCUGCGCUUGAGCAAGUGGAGGAAUAUCAGCAGGAAGUGCUCAAAGAAAGGGAUUCGUUCGAACGUCUAGGUCAGGAGGGCCAGGCGCUGAAUGAAGGCGGGCGAGGCGAUGGCAGUGAGACCAGGGUGUCAGCACAGCUGCAGUCACAGCACCAGGCCUUACUGAGGCGCGUGAGAGAGAGGCUGCGCAGCUGCCAGCUAACUUUACAGGAGCAGCAAGCGUUUGAAGAUACGUUGCAGACUACCUGGACGUGGCUUCACAGCGUCCAGGAGCGCUUGGCUUCACUCAACAGCACAGUUGGCAAUAAAGAGACUCUCGAGAAAAGACUAAGUCUUGUUCAGGAUAUCCUGCUAAUGAAGGGCGAAGGUGAGGUGAAGCUCAACAUGACUGUAGGAAAAGGAGAACAGGUCCUGAAGCACAACGGAAUGGAGGGACAGGAGGCCAUUUGUGCACAGCUACAGAGCCUUAAGGAUGCUUGGGCCAACAUGUUGAUGACCUCCAUGAGUUGCCACAGUCGUCUGGAGUGGACAGUAGCCCAGUGGAGCAGCUUUCAGGAGAGUAAGAGCCAGGUGCAGCAGUGGAUGGAGUCAGUGGAGCAGGAGGUGGGGAUGACUCUGCCUCAGCAGCCGGGCCUCAAAGAGAAGUCAGCUUUGCUUGAGCGCCUCAGGGCCAUCCAGGCUGAUGUGGAGGCUCAUGCGGCGGCACUUUCACGCCUGACAGACAAGGCAGUGGAGAUGCACGAAAAAACUGGAGACCAGGCAUUUGGACCAGAGUCGAGGGCGGAGCUCACUGCACACUUUGCUGACAUUUCAGCCGUUGUCAAGGGUAAAGUCCAGUCCAUGCAAAGUAUUGUGUCCGAGCACGAGCAGUAUGUUGAUUCUGUGAGAGACUUCAACGACUGGCUGAUUUCAGCAAAAGAGGAACUCCAGCGCUGGUCAGACCUGUCAGGAGACUCAAUCUCCAUUAAAAGAAAACUCUCCAAGGUGCAGGAGUUGCUUGACUCUAAGCAGCGAGGCCGGGAGAGGCUGAACCGGGUUCAGCGGUGCGGCGCAGUGUCAAGAGACCACACUGGCUCGGGGGGCUAUGAGGCGAUGGAGCGAGAGGAAGCAGCCCUCCUUUCAUCGUGGGACCAGUGGGAACGCGGAGCGCUGCAGACGCGGGCUAGUCUGGAGACUGCCCUCUCCCAGAUAGCCAGCUCCGAGCAAGAGUUCAGCAGCCUGUCUGCACAGCUGGAGCAGGACUUACACGACUUCAGCCGUCAGCUUAAGGACUGGCGUCUGUGGUUGGCUCAAGCAGAGAGACAAAAUGAAGGGGCGGAUGCUGUUAAAGGCUGGCAGAUAGCCAAGGAAACUCUAGAGGAACUUGUCAAAGCUGAGCCUGCGUCUGAGAGUCUGAAGACUCAACUCAAUGAUCUGUGCCGUUUCUCCAGAGACAUGGGCACACAAUCUGAGAGAGUGUCUGCUCUCAUUAAGGAAUACAACAGUCUGAGUCUCCAAGCGUCCAAGGAGUGCCAGAGCAAAGAAAAGCUGCUGGAACAAGGCUUCCGCUCAGUCUUCAGAGAGUUCCAGAAAUGGUUGGUCAAUGCCAAGAUCAGUACGGCCAAGUGCUUCGACGUACCUCAAAAUAUUAAUGAGGCCUCAUCUGGCUUGCAGAAGAUUCAGGAGUUUUUAACUGACCGAGAUCAAGGCCAGUCAAAGCUCAAUGCAGUGGUGGUGAAUGGUGAGCUUGCCUGUAGCAACGCAGCCAAAGACAAAGUCGAUGCUGUUCGGGCUAAAAUGAACAUGGCCAGAGAGGACUGGAAAAAUAUGAUGACAAGUCUGCACAACAGAGAGACAAGUUUACAAAACGUCCUGUCUCAGAUGAAAGAUUUCGAGGCGAGUGCCGAGCCUCUGCAGCAGUGCCUGCAUGCCACAGAGCUGGCUGUACACGAGAGCUGCACAAGACUUCACGAUCUCUCAGCCAAAAAGCAAGAGCUUCACAAGCUGCAGUCUGUGCUUGAGGAGUUAGCCUCUCAAGAGAUUCAGCUGAACAAGCUGAAAGAGAAGGCCCAGCUGCUGUGGGAUGAACACGCGGCCGGCAAGGGUUUUGUGCACCGUGUCUCGCAGCUCUCUGCUCAGUACCUAGCUUUAACCAACCUGACCAAGGAGAAGGCAUCACGGAUUGAGCGCAUAGCCACUGAGCACCAGCUUUUCUCCCAAGGGUUGAAGGAGCUGCAGAACUGGGUGGCUGACACCAGUCACAUGCUGCAGACCUACUGCGCCCCCACUGCUGACAAAAAUGUUCUCGACAGCAGGAUGAUCAAGCUGGAGGCCUUGCUGACUGCUCGACAGGAGAAGGAGAUUCAGCUGAAGAUGCUUAUCACAAAAGGAGAGUCAGUUCAGAGAAACACCUCAGCUGAAGGAGUGCCUGUACUCCAAAAACAAAUACAGGACCUAAAGGAUUCCUGGGAUAAUCUGCUCUCCGCCUCAAUACAAUGCAAAAGUCAGCUGGAGGGUUCCCUGUCUCAGUGGACCAGUUACCACGAGGAUGUUCUCCAGUUUGUGGCAUGGGUGGAGCGUGUGGAGGAGAGUCUCGACCCCACUGACAAACAAUACCCAGAGAUGAGAGACAAAACUGCUAAUCUGAGCAAAGCCAAGUUGCUGUUGGAGGAAGUGCUCAGCCACAACACCCUGCUUGACACCCUCACUGCAAAGAGUGACACUAUUGAGAACUAUGUCACUCAACUGGAGCUCCAAGACCUGCAAGAGCGCUAUAGCACUAUGAAAGACAAUGCCAUGAGGGCUGUGGGAAAAGCAGAGGAGCUGGUGAAAGCCCACAAUGAGUAUCAGCGAGACCUCCAGGCAUUUGAAGACUGGCUGGAACAAGAACAAGAGAAGCUCGGCUGCUACACCCAACUGGAGGGCGAUGUUGACAUGCUGGAAGAGACUCUGCAAAAGCUACAGGAACUGCAGCUGCACUGCACAGAGGGCCAGGCUUUGCUAAACACCCUUUUGGUCAGUCGGGAGCUGGUUACUCCCUGGGGCCUGCCUCAGAUCGAAGACCGAGCACUGGAGACCCUUCAGCAGGAGUGGAGGUUGUACCAGAGACGGCUGGCCGACACCCGGGCUCAGCUCAACAGCGCUCUGGCCAAACUCCGGCAGAUGGAGCAGAAGUUUCAGCGUCUAGACAGCUGGCUAAAAGGCAUGGAGACCAAAGCACAACUGCGUAGCCAUAGGCGGUCUGAUCGCGCCACCAAAGAUGCUCAACUUCAGUUGAUAAAGAGCUGGCAGGAAGAAGUUCUGGUUUAUCAAGAGGAGAUGGAGGGCCUCAGUCUCUUGGCUCAGCAGGUUCUGGAUGAGACCCAUAUCAGCAGCCGGAUAAGUUCCAGAGCUACCCAAAUUACAGCCCGCUACCACAUCCUGCUCCUGCAUUUACUGGAGACAAUCAAACAGCUCCAGGAGGAGGUGUCUGUCAUUGAAGAGGCACGGUGUGUCUUCAACACCUUCUCAGACUGGCUCAGCGCAGGUCAGAAUAACUUCAGCACUGUGGUUAUCAGUGUCGAUGUAGUGGACCGCUUUGCCAUGGACAGAAAGAUGAAAAAACUGGAGGCUCUUCAGGCAGACAUGGAGCAGGGUCAUUCUUACCUGAAGACGAUGAGAGAAAAGACAGAGAGAGCAAUGGUAUUCUUAGAGGAGCCUGAGGCAGAGCAACUGAAAGAAGAGGUGGACAGCCGCCUCUUCCAACUAAAGGAGCUGAUGGAAGCUCUGCGAACACAGCAUAGUGCCCUUGAGAAAUGCAUCUCACUGUCAAAAGACUUUAUGGAUAAAUACAAGUCCCAGGCCCAGUGGAUGAUGGAGACCAAGAACCUUUUAGCAUCAAGUGUGGAGCCUAAAGCUGAACUCUACCAGAAGAAGGCUCAGCUAGCAAAGUACAAGACCAUCCAGCAGACAGUGCAGUCUCAUGAAUCAGCAGUGAAAUCUGUCUUUGAGAAAGGAGAGGCCUUGCUCGACACAGUCCAUGACCCCACUAUAAGUAACAACAUGAAAAAGAUGCAGGCUGACUACCAUGAUCUCUGUUUAGCGGUUAAGACACAAGUCCAAAACCUUGUGGAGUGGGUAAAGGAGCACGAGGACUACAACAGUGAAUUGCAAGAUGUUGAGAAGUGGCUCUUACAGAUGUCCAUUAGGUUGGUCUCUUCAGACUCCAUACAGACCAGCGGUAUGGAGAUGUCAACUCAGCAACUGGCCCGACACAAGGCAAUAAUGGAGGAGAUUGCCAGUUUUGAGGAGCGCCUCACCAGCCUGAAGCAGAAAGGAGAAGGUCUCAUAGGCAGCUGUUCAGACCAAGUUCAAGCUAAGAUUAGUCAACAGGUCCAGGCUCACCAACAAGGAACCAGAGAUAGCUACUCUGCCAUUUGCAGCACGGCCCAGCGUGUGUAUCAGAGUCUGGACCGGGAGCUGCAGAAACACGUUAACCACCAAGACACUCUGCAGCAGAGCCAGGCCUGGCUCUCCACAGUGGAGGAGGAGCUUCCGCUCAACGAUCAGGGGCCGUCGGGUCUACAGGAAGCACUAAAGCAGGUGAAGCACUACAGGGCCCUUCAGGAGCAGGCCAGCACUUACCUGGACCUUGUGUGCUCUGUGUGUGACCUGUCUGAUGAUGCUGUGAGAGUAACCGCUGCUCAGAUCCAGCACGUCAAACUCACGAUAGAGGAAAGGAUGUCCAGUGCAAAGGAGCUCUCAGAGGGCUGGAGGGAGAUCAAGGAACAGAAGCAAGAUCUGACCAGCCUGUUCCAGGACAUGGAGCAACAGCUCCUCAGCCUCUCCAGAAGGCCCGCAGAGUUGGAGACCAAGAUAGCUCUAAACAUGCUGUGUCAAGCCAAGGAAUGCAGCCAGCACCUUCAGUCUAAACAGAGCAUCCUGACCAAGAUGACGGAGACUGUGAGCAGAUUGACUGGUGGCCAGGACUCUCCAGAACAUGCUGAACUUGACCGUCUAGGCCAUUCAUGGCUUGAGCUCUGUCACCAGGCCAACAAGCUGCAGAUCCAGAGACAGGAAGACCUGCAGAGGUCUAAGGAAUACCAUGACUGCAUCACUGCAGUAGAGGCGCUGUUUGAACAGAUGUCCAAAGAGUGGGACAACCUGGCCAGAACGGAUGCUGAAAGCUCAUCCCAGCAUUUGGAGGCAUUACGGAAGCUCGCGGUGACUCUGGAAGAACAAAAAGGCACUCUUGAGGACCUUAAGGAACAGAAACAAAAAGUCGUCCAACAUUUGAACUUGGAUGACAAGGAACUGGUAAAAGAGCAGAUCAGCCACUUUGAGCAGCGAUGGUCUCAGAUGCAAAACCUCAUCGAAAGGAAAAUCCAGGACUCAGUGAUGACCCUGGAAGAUAUGGGUCAAGUGGAGGCCCGUCUGAAAGAGGCCCGGGACUGGGCCGAGGAGCAGAAGCCUGCCCUGUCCGAGGCCAUGAAAAUGAGUCCUCCUCCUGAGCUGGCCCAGAGUUUCCUGUUUGACCACCUGAGCAUCUGCAGUGAGUUGGAAGCCAAGCAGCUCCUGCUGGCACAGGCCAUGGCCGAUGCCGACAGGGUGCUGGCCCGGCUGGGCCUCAGUGAAAGGCAACGUCUCCAACAGCUUAUUGUCGACACUCAAUACGAGGUGGAAUCUCUGAGUGUGAAGGUUGUGCAGCGCAGAAAGCAUCUCAGUAAGGCCUUCACAGAGAGAACACAGUUCCUGAUGGCUGUGAGCCAGUCCAUUACCUGGGUCCAGCAGAACGAGAAGAAGGCUCAGGCUGAGGAGUACAUCGCUUUGCUACCUGAUGACCUGGCCAAGCAGGUCAGAACAUGUAGGAACAUCCAAAGCAGCCUGAAAGCCUAUCAGAGCGAGCUGACCUCCUUGUGGUCUCAGGGGAGGGACCUGAUGAGGGAUGCCAGCGAGGAAGAGAAGAAUGAGAUUCUCACAAAGUUGCAGGAGUUACAAAACAUCUUCGACAAAACAUUACAUAGAUGCGGCCAGAAACUUCAGGAGCUUGAAAAAGUACUUGUUUCCAGAAAGUAUUUCAAGACCGACUUGGAGAAGAUAUGCCUAUGGAUAAAACAAGCUGAUAUUGUCACCUUCCCGGAGAUCAAUCUGAUGGUUGGAGAUGCUGAAUUGGAAACGCAGUUACGAAAGUAUCAACAGAUAGUCGAGCAGGCCAUUGAAUAUGAGAAUCUUCUUUUAAUUGUACAAAGAGCUGGCCAGGAAAUAUUGCCCAGUCUGAAUGAGGUAGACCACUGCUAUUUGGAUGAAAAGCUCAACACGCUUCCCCAGCAAUAUAAUAGCAUAUUAGCAUUAGCCAAAGAAAAACAGGAGAAAAUUCAGCAGGCCAUUCUCACCAGGAAUGAGUACACUUCUUUCAUAGACGUGACUCAUAAAGCCCUGAAGGAGCUCGAGGAUCAGUACAAUAAUCUGGGCACACAGCCGGUAGGGCUGCAAACAGAAGAGGUUGUCAGUUUGCAGAGCGAUUACAAAACGAUUCAAGUAGACCUGAGCAACCUCGGCCUAGCUGUGAGUGAACUGAACCAGAAGAAAGAAGGUUUCCGUAGCACCGGUCAACCAUGGCGCCCGGAGGAAAUGACCCAACUUGUGAGCCUGUACAACAGCCUAAAGAGGUUGGUUGAACAGAAAGUAGAGCAUCUGGAUGACACCUUGGAGUCAUUUGAGGACCACAAGGCCAUGGCGAUGCAGGUUGACUCCGAGUUAAAGGCCACGAAAGAGCAGCUGGUGAAAGUUAACGCUGAGACGCAGUCAGCAGAGGAGAGGCUGAAGAACUACCACGCUCUGGCAGGGAGCCUCCAGAGUGCCAAUUCUCACUUGUCAAGGCUCAUGGAGCAGAUGGACACUCUUGCACCCCGCGUGGAGCAAGCAGCCCACGAUGCCUCCAAGGAGCAGGUGGUUCUGUGGCAAGACGAGCUGCGAUCUUUGCAGGCCGCAGUCGGGGAUCUGAUUGAAGAGUGUGAGAACAGGUUUGUCCAGAGUAAAGACUUUGAGACGGAGAUGAAAAGGACCCUGGACUGGCUGCAGCAGGUCAGGGAUGACCUCGGCUGCGCCGUGAUUGUGGAUGUGAGGCUGGAGAGGGUGCAGGAGGAGAUCAGAAAGCAGCAGAUCAUGCAGGAGGAAGUACAGUCCAGACUGAGAAUAGUGGCUGCUCUUAGUAGCCGGGAGAAACAGCAGUUUGUGAGCGCUAAUGAGCUGGUUCCAGCUCACGUAGAUACAAGCCUUGAAGAAAUGGCAAAGCUGCAGGCCGAUGUUCAGAAAGCACUAAGCUCCAAACAGAUUACUCUGGAGGAAGCCCUGGGGUUGUGCCAGAAGUACCACUUCAGGAUGCAGUCGGCCUGUGAAUGGCUGGAGGAUGCCGUGUCUUUCCUGCAGCAGGCUAGCCUGGGUGUGGAUGUGGAAAACUAUGAGGAAUGUCUUCGACAGCAGGGGGACAUCAUGGCCACAGAGCAAGAGUUCCUCGUCCACUUGGAGGAGCUGCAGGGCCUGCUGCCUCAGCUGGAGAAGCUGGUCAACCCCACAGCUAAAGAUCAGCUCCGCGUGAGCGUGGACUCAGCCGAGCAAAGAGGCGUGGAGGUCCGAGAUCAGCUCCAGUGUCACCAAGAUGUCCUUCAGAGCUGUGUCACCCAGUGGAAGUCUUACCAGGAGUCAAGGCAGACUGUCAUUGAGCUCAUGAAUGAGGCUGAAAAGAAGCUGACUGAAUUUUCCACUGCAAAGGCAGCCACAAGUCAAGAGGCUGAAGAUAAGCUAUGCAGUCAUCGGUCCCUUGUCUCACUGGUGAAUGGCUUCCAAGAGAAACUGAGUGGUUUAGAGGAGCAAGCUGCCCAGCUUGAGCUGGUGGGGAGUGAUGCCAGCAAAGCCACCAUCAGUCGCUCCAUGACCACUGUGUGGCAGCGCUGGACGCGACUACGCAGCGUGGCGCGGGGACGAGAGCGAGUACUCGAGGACACAGCGCAGGAUUGGAGAACUUUUAGAGAGAAGAUGGUGAAGAUGAGAGCUGUCUCCGAUGAGCUCCAAAGCCGUUUCCCUGACAGCGCUGUGGAGAAGGCUUCAAAAGCGACCUUGCAGUCUCUGUUGGACCAGCAUGAGUUGCUGAGCCAAGACUUGGAGAGAGAACUCUCCUCCCUCACACUGCUGCGCCAGUACGCUCUCAGCCUGCUGCACGAUGUGGAGGUGCCUUCACCAACGACGGAACAGGAUGAGCGGCCCAGCCUGAAGGGGAUCAGAGCGGUCCAAGACCAGAUGGAAAGCCUCCUGACACAAUCCAGGACCAAGCGGGCUCAGACCGCUCAGGAACUGAGGGACAGAGAGGAAGUGGAGAAGGAACUUAGCGUCGUAAAAGCCUGGAUCCAGGAGACCAGGGAGCUUCUUCUUAAUCCAACACCAGACAUUGAUUCCCUGCUGCAGAAGCUUGAGGUUGUACACGGAGAAGUGAUAACUUAUCGCCAGAAUGUGGAUAAACUAGCAGAGCAGCAACAAAGCAAGUAUUUGGACCUCUACACCAUAUUGCCUUCUGAAAUCUCCAUGCAGCUGGCUGAGGUCUCACUUGCAUUGGGUGCCAUUGAGGAUCAGGUUCUUUCAAAAGAGAGAGAAAUUCAGAAAACCAGAGAAAUAAAAGAGGACUUCAGCUCUAGAAUUCACGGCAUCUCUGAGAAACUCAAAGCAAUCUCAGCUAAAUUCAAAGAAAAAUCUCCUGACGUUGAUCAUGCCAAAGAAGAGGUCAAGAGCCUGGCUGAUGAGCUGGACUGCUGCGGUCGCGCCCUCUCAGAUAUGGAUGCCGCUGUUCAAGAAUUUGCCCGCAGAAACCCCCUGCUAGCCAAACAGCUGAGUGAUGCCAUCAGCAAGCUAUCAGAGAUGCAUCACCAAACAACCCGGGUAGCAGACUGUAGGAACAACUGGCUCAAAAAGGCUGUCUGCUAUUUAGAUGAGUAUGAUGAGAUGCUGGACUUCAUUGUGAGGUGGUCAGAGAAAGCCAAAAGCCUGGUGAGGGCAAACAUCAUCUGGAACUCCUCUGUUCAUCUGCAAGAGCAGAUACGAAUGUAUCUGGCUGUCCUUCGGGAGUCUCGGGAGCUCCAUGGAGACCUGGAAUCAAUGGCAGAGAAAGUGGAUCUUCUUUCUGAGGUGCUGCAGGUCGAGUCCAAGAGCCAGCAAGUUUGUGAACUUAGUCGACUAACUGAGGAGCUUCAACAAUGCAUUAAGACACGACUGCAGAGCUUGGAGGAUGCAGAUAAGAGUAUGGAAGCCCUGGAGUACGAAGUUAAGGCCUUACAUGUUGCUCUGGAGCAGGUCCAAGCCACACUGACCUCACCAGAGUUAGCACGCCAGAGCCUCAAAGAACAGCUGGCUCAGAGACAGCGUCUGUUGGCAGACAUGGAGAGUUUUAAGCAGCAGGUUCAGGCCGUGCAGCUAUGUCAGAGUGCUCUGCGGGUCCCGGAGGAAGUGAUGCCCAACCUUGCCAUCUGUCGCACAGCGCUGCGUCUACAGCAAGAAGCCAGUCAGUUGCAGCACGUGGCCAUUCAGCAAUGCAACAUCCUACAGGAAGCUGUGGUGCAGUACGAACAAUAUGAACAGGAGGUGAGAGACCUUCAGGGGCUGAUAGAGGAAGCACAUCGUGUCAUUCAGGACCGACCGAUCCCCACAAACAACAUCCAGGAGCUGCAAGCCCAGAUCCUUCAUCAUGAAGAGUUGGCCCAGAAGAUCAAAGGCUACCAAGAGCAGAUUGCCUCACUGAACUCAAAAUGCAAGAUGCUGGCAGUGAAGGCCAAGCAUGCCACCAUGCUGCUGACAGUGAGUGACGUGGAGGGAUUGCCUGAGGGGCUGCAGGAGAUGGAAGGGGAGAAAUCCAAGAAUUCUUCAGCACAAGCCUUUAUGAUGACGGCUGGCCGCUGUCACACCCUCCUGUCUCCUGUAACUGAGGAGGGGGAGGAGGGCACUAACAGUGAGGUUUCUUCUCCUCCCGUGUGUCGCUCUCCUUCUCCCAUCACUUACACUGAAGCCGCUAUAACCAAGAUGGGCAGAGGAACACUCAUAAGAGCUCCGAUCCAAGAAUUGUAUGACCCGGCAUUUGAGUCUGUGGCCAAUUUAGAUGACUUGCAGCGCUCAUGGGAGACUUUAAAGAAUGUGAUCAGCGAGAAGCAGAGGUCUCUGUAUGAAGCUCUUGAAAAGCAACAGCACUAUCAGGGCUCACUCCAGUCGAUCUCCUCUAGAAUGGAAGCUCUUGAGGCCAAACUGAGUGAGCCUCUGGAGGCAGAUAGAAGCCCAGAUAGCCACAUGCAAGCACAAGAGAGUCUGACAAAAGAGAUGCAGAGCGUGCAGGAGGAAAUAGACAGGCUGCAGACGAGCUUCACAGAAGAUCUGGCCUCUGAUGCUGUAGAGUCAGACGUGGCUGACCAGCUGGCCAUGCACUCCUCCCUGGCUGUGUUAGCUGAGAGGAUGGCCACUAUCCACAUGAAAGCCUCAGGAAAACAGCAGAUAUUGGAGGAACGUAUUAGCGACCGUCUGGAGGGUCAGCAGCAGGAACAGGUCAUUCAGCUCCACAACGCUCAGGCAGACGAGCUGGACCUGUGGUUGACCAGAAUGCGCGGUGCAGUCACCUUCAUCCUUGAACCUAAACCUCUAGACGACACUGACAUGGAGGAUCAGCUUGCUGAAUGUCAAAACAUGCUGCUGGAGAUUGAAGAAAAGGUGCUGGCCCUGUCAGAGCUGUCCAUGCACAGUGAGAACCUGCUGCUGGAGGGCCGGGCGGAGACCAGAGAGGACGCCGAGCAGUUGGCCGGGAAGUUAUGUAUGUUGAAGGGCAGCCUUUUGGAGCUGCAGAGGAUGCUGCAAGACAAGCUGGUUAACAUCCAGGGCUCUCUGCAGGAGCAGGAGGAUAGUGAAUCAGACUCCAGCCUCUCUCAAAGUCCCAGUGUGCAGGAUUGGCUGGUCCAAGCCCGGACCACACGUUCCCAACAACACCAGGACAGUCUGCAGAGACAGAGGGAACUGGAGGAGCAGCUCGCCGAACAGAAAAAGUUGCUUCAGUCGGUGGCCAGCAGAGGAGAGGAAAUCCUCAUCCAGCAGGCCUCACCCAGCAGUGCCAGGUAUACAUCAGAGCCGUUUUCACCAGCAGCUUUGGCUGAGAGGGAAUCUCAGGCUGCUAGAGAGCAGCUGAGGCAGAAAUGGGAGAGCCUGAGAUUAGAGCUCAAAACUAAGCUGCAGCUCCUGCAAAAAACCCUGGAGCAAGACCUCAAACAGCCGGUUUACUCCAGAGCUUCUCGUGUGACCACAGCCGGAUCGCUGUUCAAAGGAGAAACAGAGGCUGGCAAAUCCUCCCUGAAUACUCUGUAUGAUAGCUUCAGACAAACAAUGGAGGACAUGCCCACUCAGCCUUGUGGUGACGAGGCACAGGUUGUGCAAAUGGAACAGCAGCUCUACACAGCUGUGUCGUCCACCUCCUGCUGGCUGGAUGGUGUUGAAAACAACGUCUUCUCUGGCUCAGUACUGUUGGUUGAAAACCCAGAGACCCAGCUACAAAAGCAGGAGACCCUAGAGAACGAUGUGAGGCAUGUAGUAGAGGAUGUGAAGCUCAGCCAGGCUCUGCUAGCUGGGUCCCCAGGAUUGAGACAAGAGGACCGAUCGCUGCUCGAGGACAACCUUGGCUGCCUGAAAGAGAGAUUAGGAGCUCUUGGUCACGCCCUGGAACAACGUGGUGACCACAUGAGGACCAGAGCACAUGAGCUCACAGUCUACCAGACUGAGUUGCAGCUUCUCCAAACUGCUUUAAUCGAGACAAAGUGCCAGAUCCUGCAGGCUUUAGCUGGAGCCAUGGAUAGACCAGCCUCAAAACAACUGGAGGUUAUUGCCAGUGCCGAAGAGAGCCUGAAAGACUUUGAACAGAGGAUUACGGAGCUAAAAAGCAGAGGGGCUUCCCUUCAGGCGGAUCAGAUAUCAACCAACAAGAUACUGAAACUCCAGGAUUCCUAUGAAGAGCUGGUGAUGACGGUGGGUUCCCGGCGAAGCGGACUGAACCAGAACAUGGCUCUGAAGGAGCAGUACGAACGUGCUCUGCAGGACCUGACUGACCUGGUGGACACAGCAAAAGACAAGAUGGCAGCCGAUCAGAGGAUCGUUGCCAGCUCCGUGGAGGAAGUCGAGAACCACCUGGACAAACACAAGGAGUUCUUCCAGGGCCUGGAGUCCCAUAUGAUUCUAACGGAAACGUUCUUCAGAAAAAUCCGGCUUCUGAUGCUUCCCAAAGAGAGUCAGGCCCUGGAGGAGACACUGGCUGAGGCUCAGAUCGUCCUCAAAGAGGCCCACAGUAAAGGAGUUGAGCUGGAGUGUAUCCUGGAGACUUGGUGCCGCUUGGUGCAGGAUUAUCAAAGUCUGAACCACCAAUUGGAGGCAGUUGAAGGAAAUAUUCCUUCUGUUAGCCUGGUGGAGGAGACGGAAGAAAGACUCAUGGACAGAAUUUCAUUAUAUCAGGGUCUAAAGGGGCGACUGACAGAGUACCAGCACAAGCUGCACCAGGUGCUGGAUGAGGGCAAACAUCUCUUGCUGUCAGUGUGCUGUCCAGCGCUGGAGAACCAACUUGCGCUGCUGGGGGAACACUGGCUCAACAACACUAGCAAGGUCAACAAGGAACUACAGCGCCUGGAGGCCAUCCUAAAGCACUGGACCAGGUAUCAGAGGGAGUGUGCAGAGCUCAGCCAAUGGCUGCAGUCUGCUCUCGAGCGUCUGGAGUUUUGGAAUACGCAGGCGGUGUUAGUGCCACAGGAGCUGGAAACUGUCAGAGACCAUCUCUCUGCCUUCCUUGAGUUUUCAAAGGAAGUUGAAGGCAAGUCCAGCCUGAAGAGCUCCGUGAUAACCGAGGGCAACCAGCUGCUGCGUCUGAAGAAAGUGGACACGGUGAUGCUGCGGUCUGACCUGGCACGCAUUGACACUCAGUGGACUGAGCUGCUCACACGCAUCCCAGUAGUCCAGGAGAAGCUGCAUCAGAUCCAGAUGGAGAAGUUGGCAUCCCGCCAUGCAAUUUCCGAGCUGUUUAACUGGAUAUCACUGAUGGAGAAUGUCAUUGAGGAGAAUGAAGAGAACCUCAAGAGUGCAGUAGGGUCAAAUGUGAUUCAGGACUACUUGCAAAAGCACAAGGGUUUCCGAGUAGAUCUAAGCUGUAAGCAGUUGACCGUGGACUUUGUCAACCAGUCAGUGAUGCAGAUCAGUGGUCAGGAUGUGGAGAGCAAGCGGAGUGAUAAGACAGACUUUGCUGAGCGACUGGGAGCCAUGAACAGACGCUGGCAGGUCCUGCAAGGCCGCAUCAACGAGAGGAUUCAGUUCCUGGAGAGCCUUUUGGAGAUGUGGUUGGAGUAUGAGAGCAGCGUUCAGGUCCUGAAGUCCUGGAUGGCAACUCAGGAAGAACGAUUAAAGAGGAAACACCGGAUGGAGGAUCUAACAUCUGUGCAGAAUGCUCUCAAAGACUGCCAGGAAAUGGAAGAGUUGGUGAAGGAAAAAGAGAAAGAACUAGAGAGAGUGGAGGAGCAGGGCUGUGCCCUUGUCCAGAACAAGACGGAUGAGGCCUGUGCUAUCGUUAUGGAGACACUCCAGGGUGUCAAUCACACCUGGGCUAACCUGGACCACCUGAUAGGGCAACUAAAAAUCAGCCUGAAGUCAGUGCUUGAUCAGUGGAGUCUAUACAAGCGGGCUUCAGAAGAGAUCAAUGGCUACCUGAUGGAGGGAAGGUAUUCUGUAUCUCGUUUCCGCCUCCUCACGGGAUCCCUGGAGGCUGUUCAGCUGCAGGUGCAAAGUCUGGAGGAUUUGCAAGAAGCGCUGGAGAAACAGGAGAGCAGUCUAAGAAAGUUUGGUGCUGUGACCCACCAACUGCUAAGAGAGUGUCACCCUUCCGUGUCAGAUUCCCUCAACAACGCCCUCAAGGACGUUAAUGCAAGAUGGAGCGGCUUGCUGGAGGAGAUUGCGGAGCGUCUGAGGAGCAGCAAAGCGCUGCUACAGCUAUGGCAGCGCUAUAAGGAGCUCUACGAGAGGAGCUGCAGCAGCAGCCAGCUGCAGGAAGAGAAGGCUGACCAGCUCCUCAAGCUCGCCUGCAGCAAGGACAUUGCUGAUGAGGAAGUCUCCGACUGGAUCCGAGAAUGCAGCGAGGUGCUCCGGUCUCAAGCUCCAGCCCAGGCCUCCCUACAAGUUCUCCAACAACUGGGAGAUCAACUGAAGCAGCAGGUGGACACAUCAGCAGCGUCGGCCAUCCAGUCGGACCACCUCUCUCUCACCCAGCGGCUGGCUGCCGUGGAGCAGGCCCUCACCAGACAGCUCACCGCACUGCAGACCGGAGUUCAGGACUAUGAAAUCUUUAACGAUCAGCUGGAUUCACUGGGCCGCUGGAUAGUCGAAGCUGAGGAGGCUCUGAAGGUGCAAGAUCCCAACGGGUCCACCGACCCAACAGUCAUCCAAGAACGCAUGGAGGAGCCUAAGAGGCUCAUGCUGAAAUUCAGCAGUAUGGCUCCUGAACUGGAGCGUCUUAAUGAACUCGGUUACCGGCUGCCUCUCAACGAUUCAGAGAUCAAGCGCAUGCAGAACCUCAACAGGAGCUGGUCCACAGCCUCAUCACAGACCACAGAGAGAUUCAGCAAACUCCAGUCCUUCCUGCUGCAGCAGCAGACCUUUCUGGAGAAGUGUGAGACAUGGAUGGAGUUCCUCGUCCAAACAGAGGAGAAUCUGGCAGUGGAAAUAUCUGGGAACUACCAGAGUUUGAUGGAGCAGCAAAAAGCUCACGAGUUAUUCCAGGCUGAGAUGUUCAGUCGCCAGCAGAUCCUGCAUUCUAUCAUCAGCGAUGGACAAAGGAUGUUAGAGCAAGGUCAAGUAGAUGACAGAGAUGAGUUCAACCUGAAGUUGACUCUCCUGAGUAACCAGUGGCAGGGCGUAGUGCGGCGUGCUCAACAGAGGCGAGGCAUCAUUGACGGGCUCAUGCGUCAGUGGCAGCGUUACAGAGAAAUGGUGGAGAAACUGCGCAAAUGGUUGGUGGAGGUCUCCCACCAAGCAGAAGCCCUUCAGGCAGGGACCGCCGUGCCUCUACAACAAGCCCGGUCCAUGCUGGACGCUGUCCAGCUGAAGGAAAAGGUGCUGCAGCGUCAGCAGGGCAGCUACAUCCUGACGGUGGAGGCUGGGAGACAACUGCUCCUGUCAGCUGAUAGCCGGGCGGAGGUGGCCUUGCAGACAGAGCUUACUGAUAUCCAGGAGCGAUGGAAGCAUGCCAACGUCUGCCUGGACAGACAGAAGAAAGAGCUUGUCAUCUUGUUAAGGGACUGGGAGAGGUGUGAGAGAGGUAUUGGUGGAUCACUGGAAAAACUUCGAGCUUUCAAACGGCAGCUUUCUCAGCCUCUUCCUGAUCACCACGAGGAUCUGCAAGCUGAGCAGAUGCGCUGCAGGGACUUGGAGAACACAUUUGAUGGCUGGACUGGGGAUCUGGCCCAUCUGAAUGUGCUGCGAGAGUCGCUGUCUUGCUACAUCAGUGCCGAGGACCUCUCUGUGCUGCAGGAGCGCAUUGAGCUGCUGCAUCGACAAUGGGAUGAAAUCUGGCACCAGCUGUCGCUACGCAGGCAGCAGGUGAGCGAGAAGCUGAACGAGUGGACGGUAUUCAGCGAAAAGUACAAGGAGCUCUGUGAGUGGCUCACCAACAUGGAGAGCAAGGUAUCCCACAAUGGAGACAUCAGCAUUGAAGAGAUGAUCGAGAAGCUCCGCAAGGACUACCAGGAGGAGAUCACUGUGUCUGAGGAAAACAAGCUGCAGCUGCACCAGCUGGGAGAGCGCCUGGCCAGAGCCAGUCACACAAGCAAAGCCGCUGAAAUUGAGCAAAAACUCAACAAAGUCAACGACCGCUGGCAACACCUCCUGGAUCUCAUUGGAGCCAGGGUGAAGAAGUUGAGAGAAACUCUGGUGGCCGUGCAGCAGCUGGAUAAGAAUAUGAGCAGCCUCCGCUCAUGGCUGGCCCACAUCGAGACCGAGCUCUCCCGACCCAUCGCCUACGACUCUUGUGACUUCCAGGAGAUCCAGCGGAAGCUCGAUCUGCAGCAGGAGCUUCAGCGUGACAUAGAGAAACACAGUACAGGAGUGGCGUCUGUACUGAAUCUGUGUGAGGUGCUUCUGCACGACUGUGACGCUUGCGCCACCGAUGCCGAGUGCGACUCCAUCCAGCAGGCCACUCGGAGCCUUGAUCGCCGCUGGAGAAGUAUCUGUGCCUUGUCUAUGGAGAGGAGACUCAGAAUUGAGGAGACGUGGCGUUUAUGGCAGAAAUUCCUGGAUGACUUUGCACGAUUUGAGGAGUGGCUGGUUACUUCUGAAAAGACUGCUGCUCUGCCCAACUCGUCUGGUGUGCUGUACACUGUAGCAAAGGAGGAGCAUAAGAAAUUUGAGGCCUUUCAGAGGAAUGUGCACGAAAGCCUAACCCAGCUGGAGUUAAUCAAUAAGCAAUAUCGCCGACUGGCCAGAGAAAACCGCACUGACUCUUCCUGUCGUCUGAGGGAGAUGGCCAACGAGUCCAAUCAGCGAUGGGACGACCUGCAGAAGAGGGUGGCAUCCAUCCUGCGCAGACUUAAGCACUUUAUUAGUCAGAGAGAGGAGUUUGAGACAGCCAGAGACGGCAUCUUGGUGUGGCUGACAGAGAUGGACCUGCAGCUGACCAACAUCGAACAUUUCUCCGAGUGCGACAUUCAGGCAAAGAUCAAACAACUCCGGUCUUUCCAACAGGAGAUCUCCCUCACUACAGCCAAGGUUGAGCACAUCUUCCACCAGGGAGAGGCGCUGAUAGAGAAGAGCGAGCCUCUGGAUGCUGCUGUCAUCGAGGAGGAGCUAGAAGAGCUGCAGCGCUACUGCCAAGAAGUGUUUGGUCGAGUGGAGCGCUACUACAAAAAACUCAUUCGGCUUCCCCUUGCAGACGAUGAUACUGAGGUGUCUCUCUCGGACCGAGAGCUGGAGCUGGACGAGCCCUGUGAUCUGUCCAGCCUGCCGUGGGGCGAGCGUUUGGGGGACGGCUUCCUGUCCCCUCUGCCCUCCUCUGGCCGGUCCGCCUCCCUGGCAGCGCAGCUCCGGACCGAGCGCUCGGGCAGGGACACCCCAGCCAGCGUGGACUCCAUUCCCCUAGAAUGGGACCACGACUACGACCUGAGCCGAGGGCUGGAGAGCGCCAGCAGGGUCCUGAGAGAGCAGCACAGUGAGGAGGGAGACUUCCUCCAGAGGCCCAGCUCAGCCUUGUCAGAUGUAGUGAUCCCAGAGAGCCCAGAGGCCUAUGUUAAACUUACAGAACAAACACUGAGGUCCUCCACUGGAGAGGUCGCCUCUACGGACUCACAUGUUCACUCUCUGGAUUCCAGCCGUUUCCACCUGCAACAAACGGACAGCGGCCGCAGCCGCACGCCCACAGGCGCAGAAACGGAUGUCUCAUAUUUGGGAUAUACGCGGCUGCUGGGUGAGUGUCGGGGCAGCAUUGACACAGUGAAGAGGAUGGGCUUUGAGCUGAAGGAGGAGGAAGAGACAGGGUCCGGACUGGCAGAUCCCAGCAGCUCAGAAUCCCAGACAUCAGGGGUGAUUGAGCGCUGGGAGCUCCUGCAGGCUCAGGACCUCAGCAAAGAGUUGCGCACAAAGCAGAAUCAGCAGCAGUGGCAGCAGCUAAACUCUGACCUGAACAAAGUUUGGACCUGGCUGGGGGAGACGGGGGAAGAGCUGGAGCAGCAGCGGAGGCUGGACCUCAGCACGGACAUUCAGACGAUAGAGCAGCGCAUCAGGAAGCUCAAGGAGCUGCAGAAGGCGUACGACAAACGCAAAGCGAUCGUGAUGUCCAUCAAUCUGUGCAGUGCUGAGUUUGUGCACUCAGCCACGGAGGAGUCCAAGGUGCUGCAGGCCAAACUGAAAGACAUGAACAACCACUGGGAUAAACUGGGAAGCUUACUGGAGCAGUGGAGGUCUUCAUUACAAGAAGCGCUCAUGCAGUGUCAAGACUUCCAUGAGAUGAGUCAUGGUCUGCUGCUUUGGUUGGAAAACAUUGACCGCAGGAGGAAUGAGGUGGUCCCCAUUGACCCCAUCCAGGACAGUGACACUCUACACCAGCAUCAUAAGACCCUCACGCAAAUCCGUCAGGAGCUGCUGGACUCCCAGCUCAAAGUCGCCUCGCUGCAAGACAUGUCCCUCCAGUUGCUGGUCAACUCUCAGGGCAGCGACUGCCUGGAGGCCAAAGAGAAGGUUCAUGUUAUUGGAAACCGCCUCAAACUGCUGCUAAAGGAAGUAACCCGAGACCUCAGAGAGCUGGCCAAGAUUCUGGACAUCACAAGCAGUCAACAGGACCUUUCAUCUUGGUCGUCUGCUGAUGAGCUGGACACCUCCGGUUCCCUCAGUCCUGCAUCAGGAAGGAGUACGCCAAGUCGACGGCGAUCGCAACGGGGCAAAUGUAGUCUGUCACAGCCUGGACCCUCUGUGAGCAGUCCACAGCACAGGUCUCGCGACGCUGGAUCCGUUUCCUUCCAUUCUGACUCUGAGACUGUUGGCGGAUCCUCGUUUCUGUGCCGUGUCCUCUGGGUCGCGUUGCCGCUCCACCUCCUCAUGCUCCUGUUAGUGGUGUUCGCCUUCAUGCUGCCGAUGACCGAGGAGGACUACUGUGCUCAAUCCAACAACUUUGCUCAUUCCAUCUACCCGAUGCUGAGCUACACUAACGGACCACCUCCAGUGUAGACGGGCUGUACCAGCCUUUCAUCUCGGUAUCGACGCAUCUGAACGACUUGAAUUGAAAUGACAUUGGUGUCUUUUAAAAGGUCAAUCAUGUUGGGAGAGACAGAAUGAUCUUGGUCAUCCACUUGUGCUGCAGAAAUAGAAGCUGCCAUCCACAUUUAAUACCUUACUGUGUAGCACAUAGGAUCAAGCAUCUCCCUUUGUUACUCUGUGCCAUGAUGUGUCAGUUAAGGAGCUUCGGAUCUUUGGUCCAACAAAACCGAAGCUGCAGUGGACACUGCUGGACGAGUGAACUGGAGAUUAACUCGAUGGCAUAGACAUGUUGUAUUUUAAGGGGUCUGUCAGUGGAUAGCACCAAAGGAAAAUGCUGAAAUAUAGCUUAUGAAUUUGCUUUAAACUCCAGUAUUUUAAACAAAACCUUUAAUAUAACUUACAUUGCAAUUAUUUUUUUACCAUUUAUUUUUUGCAUGCAGUUUUGAUCCUUUAUUUUAUUUUCGUACAAUCUCCAUUGCCCAUUUUUACUUGAAUAACAUUGAUUCAUGUAAGAAGAUUUUAAGCCAAAUAGUGUGGUUUAAUCUCAAAGCCAGACAUACUUCAACAGUUUAACUUCAACAUCUGUCAUCCAUUGUCUUUAUACAUUUAGCUGUUUUAUUUUAGAAUUGAGAAUGAUGACAUAUAGAACUGUUGUAUAUUUUGUACGACUGUGGAUAUCAAAUGUUUAACAGUCCAGGAUUAUUUAACAUGUGUAUAUAAUGGUCCAAAACAAAUAUGAAUAAUAUACGUAUAUGCGACCAUCAAAUACAACGAAUGCCAAAUCCUA